GCCAGUGUAAGAUGGCGGCGGCGUUGGUGGCGGCAGUGGACGGGGCGGCUGGGCCUGGAACAGUCGGAGCAGCCGCUGGCAGAAGGAUGACCCAAGACGGGAAGCGGGCUGCUGAGCCUCGCCGGCUCCCGUGCUUGUAACUGCCCCAGCCGGACACCCCCCCCUUGACCUACCCGCCCUUCAGUGAAUCAACCGACCUAUUUUCUCAGGAGCUCAGCCUGGCCCAACUUCAGUGAUAAAGAAGGAAAGGCUGGCUACAGUAAACAUCGUUCAAGAUGUCCAGCAAAGGGAACGGCGCGGAUGGCAAAACAGACUUAGCCAAUGGAAGCCUGUCUAGCAGUCCAGAGGAGAUGUCUGGCGCUGAGGAGGGGAGGGAGACAUCCUCAGGCAUUGAAGUGGAAGCCUCAGACCUGAGCUUGAGCUUGACUGGGGAUGAUGGUGGCCCCAACCGUGCCAGCACAGGAAGCCGGGGUACAGAUACGGAGAGCUCAGGUGAAGACAAGGACUCUGACAGCAUGGAAGACACUGGCCAUUACUCCAUCAACGACGAAAACCAAGUCCACGACCGCUCAGAGGAAGAAGAGGAAGAAGAGGAGGAGGAGGAGGAGGAGGAAGCGCACCCUCGGCGCCGUGUCCAGCGGAAGCGGGCCAACCGUGACCAGGACUCAUCAGAUGAUGAGCGGGCCCUGGAGGACUGGGUGUCUUCGGAGACAUCCGCCCUGCCUCGACCUCGGUGGCAAGCCCUUCCUGCCCUUCGGGAGCGGGAGCUGGGUUCUAGCGCCCGCUUUGUCUAUGAGGCUUGCGGAGCAAGAGUCUUUGUGCAGCGUUUCCGCCUGCAGCAUGGGCUCGAGGGCCAUACUGGUUGUGUCAACACCCUGCACUUUAACCAGCGCGGCACCUGGCUGGCCAGUGGCAGCGAUGACCUGAAAGUGGUGGUUUGGGACUGGGUGCGGCGGCAGCCGGUGCUGGACUUUGAGAGCGGCCACAAAAGCAAUGUCUUCCAGGCCAAGUUCCUUCCCAACAGCGGAGACUCCACCCUGGCCAUGUGUGCCCGUGACGGGCAGGUGCGGGUAGCAGAGCUGUCUGCCACACAGUGUUGCAAGAACACGAAGCGUGUGGCCCAGCACAAGGGAGCGUCCCACAAGUUGGCCCUGGAACCGGACUCUCCCUGUACGUUCCUGUCUGCAGGUGAAGACGCCGUUGUUUUCACCAUUGACCUCAGACAAGACCGGCCAGCUUCGAAACUGGUGGUGACAAAAGAGAAGGAGAAGAAAGUGGGGCUCUAUACGAUCUAUGUGAAUCCUGCCAAUACCCACCAGUUUGCAGUGGGUGGACGAGAUCAGUUUGUAAGGAUUUACGACCAGAGGAAAAUCGAUGAGAAUGAGAACAACGGAGUGCUCAAGAAAUUCUGUCCUCACCACCUGGUGAACAGUGAGUCCAAAGCAAACAUCACCUGUCUUGUGUUCAGCCACGACGGCACAGAGCUCCUGGCCAGUUACAACGACGAAGACAUUUACCUCUUCAACUCCUCUCACAGCGACGGGGCCCAGUAUGUGAAGAGAUACAAGGGCCACAGAAAUAAUGCCACAGUAAAAGGCGUCAAUUUCUAUGGCCCCAAGAGCGAGUUUGUGGUGAGCGGCAGUGACUGCGGGCACAUCUUCCUCUGGGAGAAGUCCUCCUGCCAGAUCGUGCAGUUCAUGGAGGGGGACAAGGGAGGCGUGGUAAACUGUCUUGAGCCCCACCCUCACCUGCCCGUGCUGGCAACCAGCGGCCUAGACCACGAUGUCAAGAUCUGGGCACCCACCGCUGAAACUUCCACUGAGCUGACGGGGCUGAAGGAUGUGAUUAAGAAGAACAAGCGGGAGCGGGAUGAAGACAGCUUGCACCACACUGACCUGUUUGAUAGCCACAUGCUCUGGUUCCUCAUGCAUCACCUGAGACAGAGACGCCACCACCGGCGCUGGCGAGAGCCUGGGGUUGGGGCCACAGAUGCAGACUCGGAUGAGUCCCCCAGCUCCUCAGACACAUCGGACGAGGAGGAGGGCCCCGACCGGGUGCAGUGCAUGCCUUCCUGAGGCCUCGGACCCGGGAGGGGCGGGCCGGAGCUGCCAACCCCGAUCCUGCCUGGACAGCCCUUUCCUGUCUCAGGCCCUUACCUUCAGCAGAAACGCACUUUGGACUUUUUGCUUUAGAUAAAAGAAAGACCUCCUGGGAGACAGACAGACCGGAGGGGGCGCGAACCUGCGGAGUAGCUAGGAGUAGGAGCCAGGCCCUGGCAUGGGCUCCGCGGAGAGGUGCAGAGGGCUCAGCAGAAACAGCCUCUCCCCAAAGCCUUGUUUUUUUUGGGAGGGGGGAGCCUAUUUUGUUAACUGGUUUGGGGUAGGGAAUGGGGUUUCCUUUUCUUUAAUCUCCCUUGUUUCUUGGGUGGGGGGCGGGGAUAACUGGCUGUUCAGUACCAAUGGGCCGGGGUGGGGGCGGUGGAUGUGCCGUUCUCUCUUUGGUUUAGGUUGUUGACCUUUUUCUUUAUGUUUUAAAAGUCUGUGACAGUUGCAUUCCCCUGCCCACCCCCCCACCCCCCCGCCCCCGGACGACCCCAUCCCAGGAUCCUGUUAUUCUGGGGAGUCCUCGGAGCCCCUAACCGCCCCACACUCUUCACUGUCCUUCCCACCCGUUCAUCCUCUGUCCUUCCCAUGGUGUUUCACACUCGAUGACGUGUCCCUCAUGCCCUUCUCUUCAUCCCGUCACCCCUAACUAGGUCUGGUGAGGGGGCUGGGGUGGCGGGAGGAGGGGCAGAAGUGGAGGAAGGAUAGGAAGGAUGUUACCUCUUCUGUUACUUAAAAAAAAAGUUGUUUGGUGGCAGCAGUCUCCUUGCCCUGUCACUGUUAGAGGCCUAAUUUUAUAUCUAUAAAUAUAUUAAAAAGCAAGUCAAACUUG